GGACGUGCGCAUACGAGCCAUCCUGUCAUCGUACCGUAAGCGAAUCCCUGUAACCGAGGGCUAUGUAGAGGUCAAAGAUGGCGGUAAAUGGAAGCAGAUCUGUAACAGUGAGUGGACCCAGCUUGACAGCAGAGUCAUCUGUGGCAUGUUUGGCUUCCCCGGGGAGAGGAAGUACAAUGCCAGAGUCUACAAGAUGUUUGCACGCCGGAGGAAGCCCACAUACUGGGACUACUCUGUCAACUGCACUGGCAAUGAAGCCCAUUUGUCCAGCUGUAAGCUGGGCCAGGCUACAUCACUCAAGUCCAAUGAGACCUGUGCUGGAGGGUUGCCAGUAGUGGUGAGCUGCGUGCCCGGCAGAGCCUUCGCCCCGACACCCAUGACAGGAUUCAGGAAGGCCUUUCGACAAGAGCAACCGUUGGUUCGUCUUCGCGGUGGGGCCAUCGUAGGCGAGGGCCGAGUGGAGGUGUUGAAAAACGGAGAGUGGGGCACCAUAUGCGAUGACAACUGGAACCUACUGUCUGCCUCCGUGGUGUGCCGAGAGCUGGGCUUCGGGACAGCCAAAGAAGCCCUAUCUGGAGGUCGCCUGGGACAAGGUAUGGGCCCGGUGCACAUGAAUGAGGUGGAGUGCUCUGGAUUUGAGAAGUCCAUCACAGAGUGUUUCUUCAACAAGGAGGCGCUCGGUUGCAGCCAUGAGGAGGAUGCUGCCGUCAGAUGUAACGUUCCUGCUAUGGGCUUCCAGGAGUCGCUGCGUCUGAGUGGAGGUCGUAACCCCCAUGAGGGCCGUGUGGAGGUGCUGAUGGAGAGGAACGGUUCUCUGGUGUGGGGCACGGUGUGCAGUGACGGCUGGGGAACCAUAGAGGCCAUGGUGGUCUGCAGACAGCUGGGCCUGGGUUUCGCCAGCAACGCUUUCCAGGAGACGUGGUAUUGGCCGGGAGAGGUGAGUGCCGACGCUGUGGUGAUGAGUGGCGUUCGCUGCUCAGGCACUGAGAUGUCCCUGUCCCACUGCCUGCACCACGGAGCCCACCUCAACUGCCCCAGAGGAGGCGGACGCCACGCCGCCGGAGUCUCCUGCUCUGAGACCGCUCCUGACCUGGUGUUGAACCCUCAGGUGGUGGAGCAGACCACCUACAUGGAGGACAGACCCAUGUUCAUGCUGCAGUGCGCGUACGAGGAGAACUGUCUGUCCUCCACCUCCAGCCAGGUGCCGGCCAACUACCGCCGCCUGCUGCGCUUCUCCUCCCAGAUCCACAACAAUGGCCAGUCUGACUUUCGGCCCAAAGCUGGCAGGCAUGAUUGGGUGUGGCACGACUGUCACAGGCAUUAUCACAGCAUGGAGGUGUUCACGCUCUAUGACCUGUUCACCUUAAACGGAACCAAAGUGGCAGAAGGACACAAAGCAAGUUUUUGCCUGGAGGACUCAGAGUGUGAUGAAGGUAUUGAAAAGAGGUAUGAGUGCGCUAACUUUGGAGACCAAGGUAUCACUGUGGGCUGCUGGGACACCUACAGGCACGAUAUCGACUGCCAGUGGGUCGACAUAACUGACAUGAAACCUGGAGAUUACAUUUUCCAGAUAGUGAUUAAUCCAAACUAUGAAGUACCCGAGUCAGACUACACGAAUAACGUCAUGAAAUGCAGAUGUCGAUAUGAUGGCCAUCGUGUGUGGAUGUACAGCUGUCAUAAUGGUGGCUCAUUAAGCACUGAAUCAGAACAGACGUUCCCAGGCCUGCUCAACAACCAGGUGACCCACAGGUAAAGACAAAGCAGAGGAGAGGAGUCAACAGGCCGUUACCCACCCGGCAAGGAGGCCAUCUGAUUCCCACCAACCACUACACAUCUUCAUCUGUGGUGGAUUCUUCCCGGCAGCCCUCCUCCAUGAGGCAGCAGCUUUCUUUGACCCUUCACCCUCCUUUCCCCCGAGCAGAAAGAAUAUUUGAUUCCCCCUCCUGUCCAAACAGAGGCAGCUACAGCCUUACCAACACUUUCAACCUUCCUGCUUAAGAUCAAGAGAAUGGUGAAGCUCUCCGUGUGCCCUGUGACUUUUGGUUAUUGAACGAGUCAUGAAAUAAACCUGCUGGGAAGUGGCAGAUAUUUUACACACACGGUGCAGUAUUGGAGGAUGUCAUCAAGAAUGGGUCUCCUUUGAAGUGAAUGCACCUUAACAGAACCCUGCUGCAUCACCUUUUGUUCAAAGCUCACCCUGGAGAGUGCCAGGUCGCCUGAGGAUUGCGAGGAAUCAUCAAUAACAACAGCAGCAGUCUGUUUGGAAAUAAAUGCAGUAUUCCAAGUUCCGAGUUUUUUUUUUUUUUU